CCCUCAAAGGGGCCCAGCUUCACCUACACUGCGUGGGAGGCUGGGCAGAAACCCCACACUUCCUGUCAGUGGUUCCUGGAGCAAGAGCCUCAUCUAGGCUCUCAGCUGUGGCUAAUUCCGCCCCUCCAGCCCCUCUUGGCGGGCGUCUGAAGGCCAAGAUCUCGCGAGAGUGGCUGACUGGCUGUGGGGGUUGCGGCGGCAGCAGGCGGAGCCGGGGAGGGAAAGCAGCGGCGGCAGCAGGCGACUGAGGCGGCGGGCGGAGCGGCAGGCGGCGGCGCGGCGGCGGAGCGCAGCAUCAUGGCGGACCGAGACAGCGGCAGCGAGCAGGGUGGUGCGGCGCUGGGCUCGGGCGGCUCCCUAGGGCACCCAGGCUCGGGCUCAGGCUCCGGCGGGGGCGGUGGUGGCGGCGGGGGCGGCGGCGGCAGUGGCGGCGGCGGCGGGGCCCCGGGGGGGCUGCAGCACGAGACGCAGGAGCUGGCCUCCAAGCGGGUGGACAUCCAGAACAAGCGUUUCUACCUGGACGUGAAGCAGAACGCUAAGGGCCGUUUCCUGAAGAUCGCUGAGGUGGGCGCUGGCGGCAACAAGAGCCGCCUCACCCUCUCCAUGUCUGUGGCCGUGGAGUUCCGCGACUACCUGGGCGACUUCAUCGAGCACUACGCUCAGCUGGGCCCCAGCCAGCCGCCCGACCUGGCCCAGGCACAGGACGAGCCACGCCGGGCGCUCAAGAGCGAGUUCCUGGUGCGCGAAAACCGCAAGUACUACAUGGAUCUCAAGGAGAACCAGCGCGGCCGCUUCCUGCGCAUCCGCCAGACAGUCAACCGGGGGCCCGGCCUGGGCUCCACGCAGGGCCAGACCAUUGCGCUGCCCGCACAGGGGCUCAUCGAGUUCCGUGACGCCCUGGCCAAGCUCAUCGACGACUAUGGAGUGGAGGAGGAGCCGGCCGAGCUGCCCGAGGGCACCUCCUUGACUGUGGACAACAAGCGCUUCUUCUUCGAUGUGGGCUCCAACAAGUACGGCGUGUUUAUGCGAGUCAGUGAGGUGAAGCCCACCUACCGCAACUCCAUCACCGUGCCCUACAAGGUGUGGGCCAAGUUCGGACACACCUUCUGCAAGUACUCGGAGGAGAUGAAGAAGAUACAAGAGAAGCAGAGGGAGAAGCGAGCAGCUUGUGAGCAGCUCCACCAGCAGCAGCAGCAGCAGCAGGAGGAGACCACCGCUGCCACCCUGCUACUGCAGGGCGAGGAAGAAGGAGAAGAAGAUUGAUCAAACUGAAUGAAACACACACACACACACACACACACACACACGCAUACACACGCAUACACGUGCGUGUAUACACACACACACACACACACAGCCACACACAGAGAGAAAAUAUACUGUAAAGAGAAAAUAAAAAGUUAAAAAGUAAAAAAAAAAAACUUAAACUCCAAGGGAGCACCACCCACAGAACCUCCACCAACUGACAGUUCUCUUCUUGACUUGCCACCCAUCGCUGGAUGUUGUCCACUUUAUCCACCAUGUAAAACAGUAAGCAGCUGCUAAAAACAAAAAACAAAAAAAAAUAUACAAAAAGUAAUAACAUUAUAUGAACUGUGUUUCCUACUUGAUUAAAAAAUAUAAAGAACUGAGUGUUUAUUUCCCUAAUUAACCAAGAACUUUUGUACACGUUUAAGCUAUUAUUAUUAAAAGUGUUUGCAAAAUGGUCAAGAUUAUAAUAUUGCUGAAUUAUAUAAAAAGUCCUUUUCAUGUUGAGCUAACAUUUGACUUUAGCACAAAAAAAAAGAGAUAUUUUAGAACACGUAAAAUAAUAUUUUUAGUUUUUCUCAUUUUGUUACCAAAUUUCAAACCUUACAUGGAGGCUAUUAUAGUAUAUUUGACAUCCUAUAUACCUGUGAUUAGAGAUGUGUAUAUAUAUGAGGGCUAGGCAUGCUGUGUGUCUGAGCUUUGUCUAAAUGUUAUGCAGAAGUUUGUAGAGUUCAAGGUACGUAGGUUUAAUUCAUGCAAGGUAAACAAUAAGUGCUCUCUUUUAUACAAUAUGCAUUGCAUCUGGACCUUAAACAUAUAAAAAUGGUCAGUGAAACUUCUGUGAACAUGAAGAAAUUAUUAAAAAAGGCAUUUAAAUGAAAUUUGCUAAGUUGUGAUUUUUAUGGUUGGAACCAAAGUUAUUCAAAUAGUAAAAGAAAAAAGAGAAAGAAAAAGGAAAUUCCCAUAAUAUUUUUCUGCAUCUGUUUGCUUUGAUUGAGUAGGUGUUUUGUUAUUAUUGUGUAUAUGAGAUGUACUUGUAUUGUUCAUAAUAUAUAUUUUUUAUUAUGUGUAGAAAGAUUUUAAAAACCUAACUAACGUGCAGCAAUUUCCAGUGAACCUGUACUUGGAUAUCAGGUAGUGAGUCUAUUUGUGGUCACUAGCACUGUCUCCUAAACUUGUAAGAGGUCUGAAGCUAUCCUUUGAUUUUUGCCAGUGCUAUUAACUUAUGUAGACCUGUUUAAAAGCAAAGCGACACCAUUAUAGUUAUCCUACUGAGCCAUGGAUUCUGAGUUUCAUUUAAAAGUGAAAGCCAAGUUGGUAUAUGUAAAGGAUUUCCAUGUAGCUGUGGUGCUAGUUAUUACUGGCUACAUUAUAUGUAAGUGUAUUUGUGUUCCCCAAGUGUACAAGCCUUCUGUCAAAAGUAUGUUCUAUCUAUUAUCACUCAUAGUCAAAGUGUAGGGUAUGAAAAUGCAAGCUUAGGAGAGCACUUUACCAAGCUGGUGUCCUCCACUGAAAUUGUUUGUAACGGUAGUCUUUUACAGAUUUUCAUUUAAAGAUGUCUAUGUGCUUUUAAUUGACAACUAACUUCUUGCUGCUGUAUAGUAAAAUAUUAAUAUAUUUUUUAUCAUUAAACUGCUGCAUGACUAUCA